AUGAAUAUUGAAGGUGCAUACUGGACAGAGCAGGGAAUUACAUUUGCGACUGCAAGCACAACACAGCUGGCACGGAUUGCGAGCGCUGCAGGCCAUUCCACUUGGACCGCCCGUGGGGCCGCGCAACCGCCAGCAAUGCGAACCACUGCGUCGUUUGAAGCACAGACUUUAACUGAGCUUAAGAUUUGUACUCCCAUCAUAUUAAUAACUGGUAACGGUGCAGUUGCAUUCCAGUCGCACUAA